AUGUCCACUUGCAGUCCUGUCAGUACAGCAACUCCUUUUGAUAAACUAAGUGCUAAGGAUGGGCAACCUUUUUAUGAUGAAACUUUAUUUCAGAGCAUUGUGGGUGGUUUACAGUAUCUUACUUUUACCCGUCCUGACAUUGCCUUUGCUGUUAAUAAGGUCUCUCAAUUUAUGCACUGUCCUACUGAUGCACAUUGGAGUGCUGUUAACAGAAUUUUGCACUAUGUUCACGCCACUGCUCAUCAUGGUCUCUUUCUUAGUCGGCAAUCUAAUUUUUUAUUGCAUGGUUAUAGUGAUGCAGAUUGGGGAGGAUCCAUUGAUGAUAGAAAGUCUACUACUGGUUUUGCAAUUUAUUUGGGCUCUAAUUUGAUUUCAUGGGUUUCUCGCAAGCAACGCUUUGUAUCUCGGUCCUUUACUGAAGCCGAAUAUAGAGCCAUUGCAACUGCCUUUUCUGAAAUAACGUGGCUUCGUUUAUUGUUGCAUGAGAUUGGACUUCCAAUUAGUGUGCACCUACUUUAUGGUGUGAUAAUUUGA